AUGGGGAAGUGGCGGAGGCGCCGCGUGGGAAUGAGUCACCCGAGCUUGCCGUGUGCCGCAGUCACCCCGCGCCUGCAGUACCUGCUGGAGCCCCUGCACGCCGUGGUGCACACGUGGCGCGGCGCCACCGUGACGCUGCCCUGCGUGCUGCGCGCGCUGCCCCGCGGCUACCGCGUGCUCUGGCGCAAGGAGGCGAGCUACGGGGCGCUGAGCCCCCGCGCCAGCCUGCGGCAGAGCCACCGCUACGACGCCUCGCUCACCAUCGCCAACGUGGCCCUGGAGGACGAGGGCCGCUACCGCUGCCAGCUGCUCAACGGGCUGGAGGACGAGAGCGUCCUGCUCAUGCUGCACCUCGAGGGCGUUGUCUUCCCCUACCAGACCAGCACCGGGCGCUACCAGUUCAACUACCACGAGGCCAAGCGCGCGUGUGAGCAGCAGGACUCACGUCUGGCCACCUACCAGCAGCUCUACAGAGCCUGGAUGGAGGGUCUGGACUGGUGCAACGCGGGCUGGGUGCUCGACGGCACCGUGCACUACCCCGUGAUCAGCGACCCCUGCGCCGGCCGCUCGCUGCUGCCGGGGCUGCGCACCUACGGCGCGCGGGACAAGCAGCGGGACCGCUUCGACGCCUUCUGCUUCACCUCCGCCCUCAAAGGUAGGACCCGAAACCGGGAGAACCCCCCAUUGCACCGGGCUGACGCCAGCAGCUUCGGCUUCCCCAACAAGGCGCUGCGCACCUACGGCACCUACUGCUUCGCCGGCACGUAG